UCCAUUUCCGAAUCUAUAACCAACUUCAGUACUCCUCACACAUCAACUCCGAUAAUCAAUAGCCAACGCCAUCGCCAGCGCCACCGUCUCCUCCCUCUCUUCCACUCUGUUUUUGUUGCUUUUCAUCAAAUUCUCUUUCUCAUCCAAUUAUUCAUCUCAAAUUAUGACUUCCAACUUCGAUUGCUGCAGCUCCCUCGCCAGAAAACUCCAUCCUGGACCCAUCAAUCCCAUUCAUGUCCGAGAAUUUCGUAUUUUUCGACGCCGGAGACUCAAACAUUACCGCCAUGCGCACCAUCGCACCGCCUUCACCGUCCGAAGCCAGUCCAACCCCUUCGAAAGCCUUUUCCAUAACUUGGUUUCCCAAGUUACCACCGUCAAUUCCUUGGAGCUAAUAGCUCCAGCGCUCGGAUUCUCUUCUGGCGUUGCACUUUACCUGUCCAAUGUCGUCUCUUCCAAAAAAUCCGCAAUUUCGGAUAUUGGCGAAUGGAUUUUGUUGUCCAGCCCCACGCCGUUCAAUAGAUUCGUGUUUCUUCGCUGUCCUUCUAUAGCUUUCCCUGGAAGCGACACAAACCUUGUGGAGGAUGUGAGCGAGAGAUUGGUGAAGGAGGGCAGGCACUUUGUGAGGCUCAACAGUGGGAGAAUGAAAGCCACUACUGGUGAGGAUGAAAAGGAAGACAAAUUGACGUACCAAAGAUUGUGUAUAAGCACCGAAGAUGGUGGGGUAAUUUCAUUGGACUGGCCGUCUCAUUUGAACUUGAGGGAAGAACAUGGUUUGGACACUACGUUAUUGUUAGUGCCCGGAACCCCAGAAGGGAGCAUGGAUAGGAAUGUGCGGUUGUCUGUGACUGAGGCUCUUGGGCGAGGCCUUUUUCCCAUAGUCAUGAAUCCUAGAGGCUGUGCUGGUUCACCUCUUACCACUGCACGGUUGUUUUCAGCUGCUGACAGCGAUGAUAUCUACACAGCCGUUCAGUUUGUUAGUAAGGCAAGGCCUUGGACGGCAUUGAUGGCCAUUGGCUGGGGAUAUGGUGCAAACAUGUUAACCAAGUACCUGGCAGAAGUCGGUGAGAGAACACCACUUACCGCUGCAGCAUGCAUUGACAAUCCCUUUGACUUGGAGGAGGCCACCCAGACCCCUCCAUAUCACAUGGCCAUUGAUCAUGAUCUCACUGGUGGACUGGUUAAUAUUCUGAGAUCUAAUAAGGAACUUUUUCAAGGGAAAGCAAAAGGCUUUGAUAUUGAAACAGCUCUUGAAGCCAAAUCUGUGCGCGAUUUUGAAAAAUCAAUAUCUAGUGUUUCUCAUGGAUUUAAUUCUAUUGAAGAUUUCUACUCAAAGUCAAGCACAAGAAGUGUGGUUGGGAAUGUGAAAAUCCCUGUACUUUAUAUCCAGAAUGACAAUGGAUCAGCUCCAGUGUUCUCAAUUCCACGGAGUUUAAUUGUAGAAAAUCCGUUUACAAGUCUACUGUUGUGUUCUUAUUCGCCCUCUACUAUUAUAUCUAGCAUGAAACCUGUUCUAUCUUGGUGCCAGCAGUUAUCGAUUGAGUGGCUUACAGCGGUAGAGCUUGGACUCUUGAAAGGUCGUCACCCUCUUCUCAAGGAUGUUGAUAUUACCAUCAACUCUUCCAAAGGCUUAGCUCUCGUGGAAGGAAAAACAGUCGAAGAAAGAGGAAAAGUCAUCAGGCAACUAGGUUACAACGGGUCAGAUGCUUCAAGUGGGUACCAAUCAACAAGGUUUAUCAAGAAGAAACUUGAAGAGAGUCACAGCAGUAUCCAUACCGACCUAAUAUCUCAAAGUAACUCGCAGAGCAAAUCACAACUUGAGGAUAAAGGAUCUCUAGAAAUUGAAGUUGGGGUUUUAAACCAAACCAGCUCUAUUAGUGAAGACAUGGGGAAGAAGGACGGCGUCCAUUUGGAAGAUACUGAAAAAGGUCAAGUGUUACGGACAGCUGAAGUGGUUAUGAACAUUCUUGAUAUGACUAACCCUGGCACUCUGACAGAGGAAGAGAAGAAAAAGAAGAAAGCAGAGAAUACGGACAUGGAGGGGUGUAGUGAUAACGAAAGGAAGCUGGUCUUGAAUGCCGUGGGUAAAGGAGAGACAUUGAUGAAAGCUCUGCAAGAUGCUGUUCCGGAAGAAGUUCGUGGAAAGCUUACAACUGCUCUAUCUGGGAUAUUGCAUGCGCAAGGAUCGAACUUAAAGGUUAAUGAUCUAAUUGGUAGUUCUCAAAAAUCUAAUGCCACAUUAGAAUUAAAGAGAAAGACUGACGAGAAGGUCAGACACGCGGCAGAUGCUGAAGGUUCCUCACAAAUUUCUGCCCCUUUGCAUGAGAUGGGAGCUGUUAAUGAUGUUUCAGAUGGUUCUGAUAACUAUCAACCUACAGAGGACAAAUUUGUUGAGGAACUAGAAUCUGAGCCUCCUUCCUCUGAUAAACUCCAUAAGUCAAUCGACCAAAAUGGUUCUCAAGCACUUGGCAUUCAUGGUGAUGAUACUAUCAGUUCUAUAAGGAAGGAGACAAGUGGCUCUGGUAAUACUGAGUCGGGUGAUGAAUUUUGUUGGGAAAAUACUUCUCAGUAUCUUGUUAAUGAUGAGAAAAAACUGGACAUAGGUUUGAAGUUUGAACUUUCGAGCAAGGACGAACAGAUAAGUAACCACAAAGUUGUUAUUGGUGAUAAUCACAAAAACCAGGGUGGUGAAAUUGCUCAAUCAGAUAAGGAGGAAGAGAAUAAACCCAAGAAAAAUGAAGAGAAAGCUGUAGAUCCUUCAAGUGAUGAUAAGGCUGUUUCCUCUUUGACAAUAGAGGAAGCACUUUCAUCACCAAGGUCUACUUCAGAGGCCGAGACUAUACGUGUUGAACACAAAUACAACAAUGAUCAGAAGGAUAAUAAUAAUAAUAUACAACCUGUUGUAGAACCUACUAAGCCUGUCAUUUCUGAAUCUAAUGAUAACAACUUUAGCGUUUCUCAGGCUUUGGAUGCAUUGGAUGGGAUUGAUGAUUCCACCCAGGUAGCAGUUAAUAGUGUAUUUAAUGUAAUUGAAAAUAUAAUCUCACAGUUAGAGGGUUCAGAAAAUGAAGGUGAGGACAAGAAGACUGAUUCCUUAGUUGACAAUCAUUGCUCAGGUAAUAAUGAUGAAACGUCAUCAGGGAAGAUAGAAUGUGGUAACAUGGAUUUGUCUAGAAAUCCUGAAAGGGUAAGUGGUCGUCAUAUUAUUAAUAUCCCAGAGAAGAGAGGAGAUACAGAGCAUAAUGUUAGAAGUGGACAGGAAGAGGAGUUGACUUCAGACCUGGUCUCAAUUGAUAGAAGCUAUUUGAUUAAAUCUCAGUCAGCCCAAGCAGGUCAGGAGGGUAAUGACAAGGACAAACUCCUUGAUGAUUUGGAUGGCAACGUGGACUUGACUUCAACUGCGUAUUUAGGUUCUGUUCACGAUAAUUUUCUCUUGAACUACAUUACCCCAAACAUGCCUACUGAAUCACUUGAUAAGGAUACAACUACAGCUUUGUUGCUUGAUUAUAUUCCAGAAGAAGGCCAGUGGAGGUUUUUUGAACAGGGAAAUGAAAAUGGUGCUAUUUCAGCAUCUGAAAGAGUUGAUGGACAAUUGAAUGCCUAUGCAGAUGCAAAAGUGAAGAAUACUGUUGAUGUUAUUGAGCCACUUUAUAUGAUCUUGGACAUCGACAAUCAGCCAGAGCCAGUUGGGGAGUAUCAAACUACGAUAAACAGAAAGGAAGAGUUUGAGUUUAAUGGUGGACAAAAGGAUUUUAAAUACUUUGUUAGAACUAUUAUACAAGAUAGUUUGCAGAUUGAAGUUGGACGUAGAUUGAGUGCAGUUAACAAAGACUUAAAAUUGGGUGUUGACAGAGACAUCGAACAUGUUGCAAAUUUGUUGUCAGUGGCUGUUGGAUUCGGUUGUAGGUAUCGCCAAUGUUUAGGUAGUCAAAGUGACAGCACUGAUUCCAGUGCAGAGAAAAUGGGCACCCUUUAUGGCGAGCAGAUUAUUAGAUCAAUUUCAUCUUCUGUUCAGGAAACUGUUUAUUUGAAAAAAAUUCUUCCUCUAGGUGUCAUUAUUGGCUCUAGCUUGGCAGCUUUAAGAAAACAUUUCCAUGUGACUACACUGCAUGAUGAUAACCAGGGCCAAUGCUUGUUCACCGAUCAAGCUAAAAAAUCUGGUGAAAGAAAUCAUGGUGAAGCUAAUGGGAGAGAGCCCUCUCAAAAUGUUACACUGACCGAUAAAGUGUAUGAGGAAGGAGGAUGUGCUGAAAUGAGAAAUUUAGAUAAAGAUACUGUUGUGGUAGGAGCUGUCACAGCUGCUCUUGGGGCAUCUGCGUUACUGGUACAUCAGCAGAGUUUAUGUGAAAUGAACGGAACUACUGAAAGCUCAUUAAAGUGCAAGGAGAAUGAUAAUCUUCAGAAAGAGCCAGAAAGAAAUGAGGAGCAGAUAAUAUCUGAUAAGAAUCAUAACAUUGUUAGCUCUCUUGCUGAGAAGGCAAUGUCAGUUGCUAGUCCGGUGGUGCCAAAGAAGGAAGAUGGUGAAGUGGAUGAAGAAAGGCUAGUCUCUAUGUUAGCUGAAUUAGGAGAGAAGGGUGGCGUAUUGAAGCUAAUAGGUAGAAUGGCUUUACUCUGGGGUGGUAUACGUACUGCAAUGAGUGUGACUGAAAAACUUAUCUCAAUUCUUCGAAUAGCGGAACGCCCUUUGUUUCAGAGGCAACACCACCCUAUACGAUGCAUUUCCUAUCUUCUUGAAGACUUCCAUAGGUCCCUCAUAUUUUUUGAGGAGCUGCUGAGGCUUUGUCCCUCUGAACCGAGUUUGCUCUGCCUUCAGCUUGAUGAGGACUUGAUUUUUUGCUCGAAACUUGAGAGGACGCCGCUUCUUAUUAGCCCACUUCUUCAUUCCUUUGAGGCCUUCUCUGAGUAAGCUCGAGCGAAUCUAUAGUCUGCUUCUAGUCUUUCGAGAAGUUGUGAGCUUGUCCAUUUUUCCCUUUAUAAGGAUGAUCAAUAAUAUGAGACAUUAAGGAUUAAGGAUCGUCUUCCACUUACAAUUGUUGACGAAUUAGUUUGAGCGUUAAAACAAAAUGGGGCCACAUCCAAUUGGACCCAAUUCUUUUGUCUUGAUCAACUAAAUGGCGCAGAUACUCUCCGAGCAUACAAUUGAAUUGUUCUGUCUGAUCAUCUGUCUGAGGGUGGUAGCUUGAGGAUAUAUCCAGACUCUUCCCCAAGAAAGUAAAUAACUCGGUGCAGAAGAUACCAAUGAAUCUACCAUCCCGAUUACUCAUGAUGCUCGUCGAGACUUCCCACAACUUCGCGACGUACUUAAGGAACAACGAACAAAUGUGAUGUCAACUUGGCAGAACAUUGUUUGACAGUGAGGGUGAAAGUGGCAUACUUCGAGAAUUGGUCAAUGAUAACCAAGGUGGCCUUAAGGUCGCCCACCUUUGGGACACUCUCCCACGGUCUCGUCAAAACAAGCAAGGGUUCGAGAAGCCUAAAAACUUUUGCUUUCUCCACCUUAUCUUGCUGACAUAUGAGGCAUGUCUUCGUGUACUGCAUGACAUCGUCUUGUAUAUUAGGCCAAAAGUGGCCUUUUCUUCAACGGUGCAUAGGUCCUCCGCCACCCAAGAUGGCUGGCCUAGUGUCUUUUUCCUUAGAUCAAUGCCUCUUGGAACAUACAACCGGUUUCCUCUUGUCAAUAACAGGUCUCCUUCGACCCAGAAUUGACUUGUUUUACCGGAUUUUGCUGAAGCAAUAACAUCUUGGGUAGAGAGAUCAUUCUAAAUGAACUCUCUAAUAAUAUUGCACAUCGAUGCAUCAACUUUACUUGCAUGAAUGGGGGCUAGCACUUCACUGUACAUAACAUAACAUGACUUUGAAAUAAAAGCUUUGGAAAUAUCUGUUCUUUUCUUUAGAAAGGUCACUCACAAAAACUAAAACGUUUCCUUCCAACCUCCUUCUUAACUCCCUUCUCCUCACCUAAUGUUCUGUUAGGAGAGCUUCAACACUUAGAAUUUCCUUAUUACUUCCUUUGAACUCACAAGUUCUAUUUAUACCAAUCCUAAAAUGGAUUAGUCAUCCUUAAACUCAUCUUAGCUCGUCAGCUCCUACUUAAUGCCUUACACGUGUAAAUUUAAUAUUUUCUCUAAUCAUGCUUAACUCUAACCCAACACGUAAGAAGCUGACUAAUUCGAAUUAGUGAAUCAUCAUCUUGUCUCAACUUCUUUCCAUGUCUGGCUCUUUCUCGUUUAACUCUAACCCAACAUGUAAGAGCUUACUAUACUUCUCUUCUUGCAUUAUCUUGUCUUAGCACAUCGCUAGCUUUAUUACGUGUACUAUCCUUCCUCGCGUCGCCUAGCCAGAACUCAUGCUCCUUCCUCAGAAUGCUUAGUUAUUUUUAUAACUUCCUUCUUUACAGCCCCUCCACUUUAGAACCCGUAGUACUUAUUCUUAGUAAUUUACUACUUCCUACAAAAAUCCUUUUUUACGGCCUUUUUACUCCAGAACGCGGGCUUCACAACAGGAGCGUCAGUUACUAUUUCUACAAAUGAGUUUGCUAAGUUUCAGAUAUACCAGGAUUCAUUGUAAGUGUCAUCUUCCUCUACUCUUGUUGCAUCCACUAUUGACAUAGUUAGUACAAAGUGUCUCCUUACAUCAUCUACCAAAUGGGUCAUAGACUCUGGUGCCACAGCCAUAUGACAGGUAAUUCUCGCUUAUUUUCUAGACCAUUGUUCCCUGUCCCUUUCCCAUGUGUUACUUUGACAGAUGGCUCCACAUCUUUGUUCUUUGUUUUGGUAGGAUCCAUCAUACCCAUCUUGUUUGCCUAACCUAUCAUUUAAUUUAAUUUCUAUUGGCCAGCUUACUCACAACCUUAAUUGUUUGUUUAAUUUAAUUUCUAUUAGCAAGCCCAUUAGCCCGGCCCAACAAUUAUUAGGUUAUUAUUUUUCUUAAUUUUAUCUUUUCAAAUCUUUUUCACACAUUUCUCUCCACCCUCGAUUUCUCCAAAUUCUCGUCGCCAACCCUUAUUGCCUUAACUUGCUCGUCGGUCGUUGCUAACCCUCUCACUAGUCGUUGCCAACACUCUUGCUGCCUGUUUCUUUUUGUCUCUCUCUCUUUUAUUUUAUUUUUCUAUUUUUCAUGCUUUGUGGCCUGAUGGUGGAUAGAAUAUCAAAUCAAUGAUCAUAUAAUUUUUUUUUCAAUUAAAUCUUAUUUGGUUAUUUUUCUAUUUUUAUUUUAAAUUUAGUACGGCAGAGUCAUCUUCAAGUA